GAAGAAGAAGAAGAAGAAGAAUUUGCAACAGAAUAGCUCAGACUUGCAGUUGUGACUUGUGAUCUGGUUUCGCGGUGCAGGGCGCUUCACUGACCCGCUGCUGGUAUGGAGGGAUCCGGGGAAGAGUUCAUGAAAUACCGCUCACCGCUGGUGUCCCGGUACGCCAGCAAAGAGAUGGCCUACAACUUCAGUGACAGAAACAAAUUCACCACAUGGAGAAGACUGUGGCUUUACCUCGCUAAGGCCGAAAAGGAAUUGGGUCUCCCCAUAACCGAUGCCCAGGUGAGUGAGAUGGAGUCUCACUUGGAGGACAUUGAUUUCGUCAUGGCUGCAGAGGAGGAGAGGAAGUUGAGGCAUGAUGUCAUGGCUCACGUGCACACGUUUGCUCACUGCUGUCCCACCGCUGCUCCCAUCAUCCACUUGGGCGCCACUUCCUGUUAUGUGGGAGACAAUACGGAUCUGAUAAUGCUGCGUGAUGGAUUUGACAUCCUGCUACCCAAGCUGGCUCGUGUCAUAGACAGGCUGGCUAACUUUGCAGAGAAAUACGCUGACCUGCCGACUUUAGGCUUCACCCAUUAUCAACCAGCUCAGCUGACUACAGUCGGGAAGCGUGCUUGUCUGUGGCUGCAGGAUCUGGUCAUGGACAUACAUAAUCUUCAGCGUGCAAGAGAGGACCUGCGCUUCCGGGGCGUCAAAGGAACCACAGGCACUCAGGCCAGCUUCCUGCAGCUCUUCCAGGGGGAUCAUGAGAAGGUGGAAGAGUUGGAUUGGAAGGUCACUGAGAUGGCUGGUUUUAAAAAAUCAUACCUGGUGACGGGUCAGACAUACAGCCGUAAGGUGGAUAUUGACACGCUCUGUGUGCUGGCCAGCCUCGGAGCCACAGUACACAAGAUUUGCACUGAUAUCCGUCUGUUGGCUAAUCUGAAAGAGAUCGAGGAGCCGUUUGAAAAAGAGCAGAUUGGUUCCAGUGCCAUGCCGUACAAGAGAAACCCCAUGCGUGCCGAGCGCUGCUGUAGUCUUGCUCGUCACCUGAUGGCGCUGGUGUCGGACCCUCUGCAGACAGCAUCAGUACAGUGGCUGGAAAGAACCCUGGACGACAGUGCUAACAGGAGGAUCUCAUUGCCCGAGUCCUUCCUCACAGCGGACAUCAUCCUCAGCACUCUGCAGAACAUCACUGAAGGGCUGGUCGUGUAUCCUAAGCAUCACGCCGACUGCCAUGAGAAGAUUCGGGUGCUGUCCCAGCAAGCUGCGGCUGUAGUCAAACAGGAAGGCGGGGAUAAUGACCUACUGGCUCGGGUUCAGGCUGAUCCAUAUUUCACCCCUAUACUUGGACAGCUGGACGCCUUACUGGACCCCAAAACCUUUGUCGGCCGAGCCCCACAACAGGUUACCAGGUUUUUGUCUGAGGAGGUCAGGCCUGUUCUAGAGCCAUACAAAAGUAAUAUGAACGUCAAGAUUGAACUAGAGCUCUGAGACAAACAUACGAGACUGUGACACAUCAGAAUAGUAUUUCAAUAAAGAAAUGUCAAGACAUAAUAUAUUUGAGAGGCUGGGAGGGAGGGAAGGGGAAUGACCUAAUUACCCCUUAAAAGCAACGUGGCAGCAUUUGGGAAAAUAAGCAUGAGAAGACUACUGACUUAAGAUGGCUGUCAUGGGAUUCACAGUGCAGGACCGCAGAACUUUAUCAGAGAUAAAGGCAAUUAAUCAGCUGUUGGAGAAACCAUGAGGCAAGCACACAAGCCAGGCUAUCCUUCAACAGAACAGGACAUGUCACAGGAAGUUGUUGUGCAAACAGGAAGGACAGAAUGAAGAGUGGAAGAUGACGUCCACAUCAGAGGAAAUACAAUGCACCUUGAGCAUCAUAUGGAAUCCAAAAUCCAAUCAUCAUCAUCAUCUGAGCCAAAUUGCGAGCCGCGCAUCCAGGCAUGGAGAUAAAGCCACAUUCCUCACAAUAAUGGAACCUGAGACGCGGUAGAAAGAGAGCUGCUGAUGGAGGGAGGAAAACAGCUUGUCAUCCAUUCUCUCAGAUCAACUAAUAACAGAGAGCACAGCACGUGCUGGAGGAACUAAUGGAAGCACAUACACAAAAACUGAAACCCAGAUCAAGUAUGACAUUUCUGUAUUAUCCUGUUUUGGGAUAUUGUGAUACAAAAUACUGGAUGGAAACACCAAGAUGCAAAUAAUGUUAAAAAUAUGCACAAAAAAUGCAUGCACUCGCUUAAGGUGGAUAACUUUUUCAGUCUUUAAGAAGAUGUGCACAUAAACAACAAUGAAAACAUUCAGAAUAGAAUACUAGGACUCUUAAAUAUACGACUUAAAGAUGUUCUGGAUGAAUAAAAAAAAAAAAGUGUGACUUUGCCUAAACAAGUCAUGUGACUGAACAGUUUCAGGCAUAACAUAUUUUUGUAGGCAAAAACCUGGAAUUGAGUUACUGUAGCAUUUUGCACUUCUGGUUUCAUCGUCCAGAAGGCAAUGGUUUUCAUGAAUGGGCUUUGGUUAAAUGGCUGAAAUAAGGUCUGUGGUCAGCACAAGCUCAAGAUAUUUUUAUGGUUUAUUCUACAACAUAAAAUGCCUCAGUAAUACCCCUCUGUGUGUUUUUUAAAGCUUUUACUUCACUGCAGCAUCUAUUACCUGUUAGAGCUGUAUGGCAUACAGUUAGGGCAUUUUUGUCUGUUUUAAACCCCCAAAGUCCAUUUUAAAAUUAAGCAGUAAGAUAUAAAAGACUGUAUAGUCACUGUGUGUGCAUGAUAGCUAAGUGUACUAGUGUUGUGCAUAAUUCUA